UCGGAUCUUCGGGUAUAUAAACCAAUCCGCCGAAAAGCAGAACCAUCAUUCAGUUACUGUUCAUCAGAAGCUGAUCUACUCAUCAAGCAAUCAUGAAGUGCUUUACCGCUGUUCUUCUUGUGGCCCUCUUCGCCGUUGCCAUGGCGGCGGAAAAGGAAUCCCCGAAGGAAGCUCAACCGACCGAAACUAAGGCCAAGAGGGGCCUCGAUGCUUAUGGUUACUCACCAUACGCUUAUAGUGGCUACUCGCCAUAUGCCUAUGGUGCCUACUCGCCAUAUGCCUAUAGUGCCUACUCGCCAUACUCCGCUUACGGAUACGGAGUGCCAUACGGCUCGUACUCUCCCUAUGCCUAUUCUGCCUACCCUUAUCAACGUUCUCCUUAUCUCUAUCAUUAAGAUACAAAAUUGGAUUCCACGACAAACUGCGAUUAAGAAGAAAAAUUUUAUUUUUUUAGAGGAUACAUUUUGAAGACAUGAAAAGAGGCAUUUUGUUUAAAUUGCGCUUUUACAUAAUGUAAUUUCAAAACUUGAUCUUACUUGGCUAUAAAUAGCUAUAUGUAUUUUUUAUAACAAAUAAAAUAUUAUAAAUGUAUAUGAA